AUGCAAAACCAGAGCUUUGUCACUGAGUUUAUACUCCUGGGACUUUCACAGAACCCCCAUAUUGAGAAAAUAUUAUUUCUUAUAUUUUUAUUGGUCUAUCUUGCAACUGUUGUGGGUAACAUGAUGAUUGUGGUGACCAUUAUCUACAGUCCUGCACUGCAGAGCUCCCCUAUGUACUUCUUCUUGGCAUUCCUAUCUUUUUUGGAUAUAUGUGUCUCUUCUGUUGUCACACCAAAGAUGAUUGCAGAUUUGGUUUAUGAGAGGAAGACCAUCUCCUUUGAAUGUUGCAUGACACAGGUCUUUGCUUCGCACUUUUUUGCUGCAGUGGAAGUCAUCAUCCUGGCAGCCAUGGCCUAUGACCGCUAUGUGGCCAUAUGCAAGCCACUACACUACUCUUCCAUUAUGAACAGGAGGCUCUGUGGCAUUCUGAUAGAGGUGGCCUGGGUGGGAGGAUUCUUACAUUCUACCGUACAAAUUGUCUUCACUUUGCAAUUGCCCUUCUGUGGACCCAAUGUCAUUGAUCAUUUUAUAUGUGACUUGUUCCCAUUGCUGAAACUUGCCUGCACUGACACACACAUUUUUGUCAUUUUGGUGUUUGCCAACAGUGGCUCUAUCUGCAUCAUUAUAUUCUUGCUUUUGCUUGUUUCUUAUGGUGUCAUUUUGUUUUCUUUGAGAGGUCACAGUUCUGAAGGGCGAAGUAAGGCUCUGUCCACCUGUGGAUCCCAUGUUGCUGUUGUAGUUUUUUUCUUUGUUCCUUGUAUAUUAAUAUAUGCCCGACCUACAUCUCCAUUCCCCUUUGAGAAAAAUGUGUUUGUAUUUACGGAUGUCCUUACACCAUUGUUCAAUCCUAUGGUGUACACUUUCAGAAAUAAGGAAAUGAUAAAUGCGAUAAAGAAAAUGUGGAGGAGGCUGGUAGUGUUUUCUGAUAAACAAUAA